ACUUCAAGCGUAUUGGUCGUGUGUCGAUAUCAAGGCGGAAUCGUGGGCAUUGUGAUAUUGAGCGCAGAAACGUAAGCGUGCGCCCCGCGUUUAGCUCAGCGAGCAGAGCAACAAAUAGCCGUAACUGCCGUUAACUGGCUUAUCAGCCUUUUUUGUCAAAGAGUAAUUUGUGAUACCUGUCCGUUUUUUUUGUAUUGGUUGUAGCAGCGCGACGAGCUUAAGUGGUGUUAAUUUUUAUUAUUAAUUAUUAUCGUAUUUAUUGGCAAACGAAAAAAGUGAAGUGCGAAUUACCAGCACUUCAAGUACUCCGUUUGUUGUUGUCAGUUGCAAUAAAUUUCUCAGCAAUUUCUCCAGCCAUUGUCCAGUUGAAUGUGCAAUUGCAGAACCAGAUAAUAAAAAUCUGAGUGAGUGUAUGCAGUGCGCGAGUGAGAGUGUGUGUGUCUGUGUGAAGAGUGUGUGAUUUACAAACCAUUAGUCGCUAUCAACAACACAUUAGACAAAUUGCUAAAUUAGCUGCGGCUGUCGCGCAACUCUCGCAAUUUGCGAUACACUUGAAGAAGUCGAAGCAGCAGCGGAGCACCAGAAGUUGAAGGUGAAGGAGAAUAAGCCAAAUAUUUGUAGUGUAGUAGCAAAUAGUACUCUCCCUCUCUAGCCAAGCCUUUGCCUUAGCCCUCUCACUCGCACUCCCCUUUAGCCACCACCACCCUCACGCUCGCAUAGCUUUGGCGCUCUGAUAAGCUCGGUGACUGGUGUCAAUCGACUGGUUGAUUGACUCAACAUUUGUGUAUUGUUUUUAUAUGGUUAUAAGAGUUUGAUCUGAUAAUCAACAUUCACUGAAUUCCGUUACUAGCAAGAGAGAGUGUGAAAAGGGAGAGAGGGCUGCAGCGCAAUUGCCACCAAAAAUGUUGGAGACUUGAACAACGCCGAGGCGCAACGAUAAAUCACAAGACGAUAACGAUAAAAAGAAAAUGAAUUCACAAUUCGAUUCUGGUAUCGAGGGCAAUCGUACACAUCCCUUUCGAUCAAAUAUCGAUCGAAUUCCCACUACACACAAUGAAAAGAACUGGGAAUGGACUUAUCUGGUGCGCAAAUGCCGCAACCUCGAGCUAGAGGAGUCAUAUGACUUGUACAUGCGCCGCCUGCGCAUUGGCUACUUGUCGAUCUUCAUCUUCAUCGAGCUACUGGUGGCCAGCGUUCAUACACUGCUGUUGCUGACCUCAUCGGAUUUGACCUAUUCCUACAUUGACAUGGUGGCCUACAUGGUAACGGGCUUAUUGCUAUGGCUAAUACUUUCGAUCAACUUCAAGAGCGAACUCAUCAGCAAACACGGCUGGAUUGUUUACGCCUCCUCCUGGCUGGCCGUGUCCGUUAUGGUGUUGAUGGACAUUGGUCUCAACAUUUACCACGCGACUUCUACCAACGAUAUACUUAAUCCCAUCUAUGAUGCUUACACCUUGUAUGCCAUCUACAUGUUCAUGCCCAUUCCUUACAUACUGCAGCCGUUGAUCCUAGGCAUCGCAGUGACCAUUUGCUAUAUCAUCAACUACAGUUUGGUCAUCGCGUCCAAGGAGCGAAAUCAAGACAGCUACUAUGAGACAAAUCAGCAAAAUCAAAUGCACAGCAUUGUCAACGAAGCCCUCUACCUAAUCAGCGUCAAUUGCCUAGGCAUCUUCUUUCGUCUGAUGCGUGACAUUGCGCUGCGCACUACGUUUCUGGAUCGUCGACAGUACGUGGAGGAGAAUCUAUUGCUGCGCUAUGCACGAGAUCAGGAGAGAAGUCUACUCCUCAGUAUACUGCCCGCCCAAAUAGCUGAUCGACUGCAGGAGGAUGUGCGCAAUCGCAUCGAACGCUCCAAGCAGCAGCAUCAGCAACGCACGCGAUUCGAUCAGCGUUCGAUCAACAGCAGUCAGUCGAUAAAGCGCUGGCGACAACCGGAUCAUGGCACAUUGUUUAUUGAACCACAUAAGGAUGUGACUGUGCUUUAUGCGGAUGUGGUAAACUACACGCAUCUAACCACAACGCUAGAUGUAAAGAAACUCGUCGAGGCGCUGCACGAUCUCUUCGUGCGCUUCGACAUUGCCAGCGAGGAGCAUAAUGUGAUGCGCAUCAAGUUUUUGGGUGACUGUUACUAUUGCGUGGCUGGCUUAGCCAGUCCAAACGAGGAUCACGCUAUGUGCUGUGUGGAUCUAGGACUGCGCAUGAUCAAGGACAUACGCGAUGUUCGUGAAAAGCGACAUCUCAACAUCGAUAUGCGCAUUGGCGUCCAUUCGGGUGAUGUGUUGUCCGGCGUCAUUGGCGCGGCAAAGUGGCAAUUUGACAUUUGGUCCAAGGAUGUGGAUAUCGCCAAUCGACUGGAGGCCACUGGGGCCACCGGACGUGUGCAUGUUAGUCAGCAUACGUUGAGCAAAUUGGAUGGUGAAUACUUCUUUGAGGAUGGCACGGAGAAGGCACGCGAAGAUCCCGUGCUGCAGAAGCACAACAUACGCACCUUUCUGAUCAAAUCGUUACGAGACCCCAAGCACGAUCCACGUCGCGUGAAGCGUGAGCUGCUCGCCAAGAAGCUGAGCGAGGCCAGCAAGUCAAAUUUCAUGUACAAUUCAACGCUGCAGCAAUACAAUCAAGUACGUAACCAGGCCAAGCUGGAAAUGUGCCGCGAGCUGGAUAAAAUGCCCAUCGGUCGUAUACAAAUGACGAAACUGUGUCGACGCUCGACGAAUCCCACGCAGGAUGAGAUCGAGGAGGAGACUUUUCGACGCAACAUUAGCUCGUUCUGUUUGCUUUUUCAAAUACGCAACUGGGAGUAUCAAUACAUCAAGGAACCCGAUAUGAUGUUCAAGUACAGCAUUGCACUCUCCUGGAUUGUGUACAUGAGCCUGCUGACCAUUCAGCUGCUGAGCAAGGAUGCCAAAUAUCACUACUGGAUCAUCGAUGGCAUUACCAUCAGUCUGCUGAGCACUCUGCUCAUCAUCUCGUGGUACAAGAAGCUCUGGAUCAUGUAUGUCUCGGAUAACGAACAGUCAAGACCACGUUUCAAGCCAAGCCGCUUUCUCUACCGUUUGUCCGACUGCAUGCAGCGCAAUAUAGUGCUUCGCAUUAGUGUCUACUUCCUGAUCAUCACCUCCUACAUUGCUGUGGCUGCCAUGCAAGUGAUGGAUUGCACACCUGAAGAUGCAGUGCAAUGCUUUCAUCCCUGGGUGCUCACCAACUGCAUGACGCUGAUCAUCGGCACAACAUUUCUCUUCACGCGCAUUCCCUUUGUCGUGAAGACAACUGCGGCUGUGAUUAUUACACUGACUUAUGCGAUCCUUGUGAUGGUCGAGUUUCAUUAUAUCUUUAAGGACAGUCCAUCGACAAAUGCCAAUUUGAAUGCGGAGUAUUCACACAUUCUGCUAAUACUAAUUACGUUAGGUAUUUUUCACUUAAUGGAGCGACAAACUGAAUUCAUUGCCAAGGUGGAUUACAAUUGGAAGCGGCAGCUGUUGCAGAAGCAGGACGAUGCGCUGAUUACCAACGAUACUAUCAAAGUACUACUGGUCAAUAUUCUGCCCUCUCACGUGGCUGAAUUCUAUCUAUCAACGCAGCUGCAGAACGAGCUUUACUACGAGGAGUACGACAAUGUGGCUGUGAUGUUUGCCUCCAUCAAGAACUUUGAUACGGACAAAAUAGGUUUACGUGUGCUCAACGAGAUUAUCUGCGACUUUGACGAUGUGCUCAACAAAUACUCGAGUAGUCUGCGCGUGGAGAAGAUCAAGGUGGCCAAUUGGACGUACAUGGCUGCCUGUGGUCUGGACGUCACUCGCUCCGAGAAGGUGAAUGCUCCACAGAUCAAAUUUCGCAACUUGUCGCUGAUGCCCAACGGACGACGCAGUGAAUACCGUCCCAAUGGCUCGGAGCAAGUGCAGCGCGUGCCUUUUGGCAAUGGCAGCACAAUUGCCUUAGAUUUGGAGCGUGGUCAGUACGAGGGCAAUAUCAUAAGCAAUACGCCGCGGAUGAGCAGAGAAGACAUCACCGGGGACAAUGACGAAGCCAUCAAAGUGAUGGCCAACUUUGCGCUGGAUCUAAUGCGAGCCAUGCGCAGAUUCAAUGCGGAAAACAUGCAGUCGGAGUACGAGGGCAGCACGGAUUACGGCAUGCUGCGCAUUGGCAUCUCCCACGGUCGAGCUAUGGCCGGAGUUGUGGGCAUCUCGAAGCCUCACUACGACAUCUGGGGGAAUCCUGUCAACAUGGCUUCCCGCAUGGACUCCACAGGGAUUCCUGGCAAGAUUCAGGUCACUGAGAACACAGCCUUAAAGUUGCGCAACUAUAAUAUUCAGUGCAACUACCGCGGCAUGACCUUUGUCAAGGGGCGUGGCAACAUUCCCACCUACAUCUUGGGGACGGACGACAAUUACGAAGGAUUUCUGCCGCAUCGGGCACCGUCAACGUCAGAACCCACUUAGUUAAUCCUCUAUUUAAUGCAUCCUCUUGUACAUUAUGUAUGUUUGUAAUCUGUAAAUAAACGUAAA